ACCGAUGCACUCUGGGGAGAACUCGUAUUCAGAAUAUCUGUCGAGAUGAAGUUGUUGCCUCUACUUUUUGUUGUGGUGGCUGUUGUCCUGAUGACUGCAAUCCCCGUUUUCGGGCAUGUGCUUCCACAAUGUCCACCUCCACAAACCGAUGAUGCCCCCCAAAGCGGCGGCUACGUAAUCACAGACUUAUCUGCUCAGCCGUAUGGUCAACGAUCUGCUCAACCUCCUAGGUAUAAUAUGGGCAAAAGGAACUAGCAGAAUUAACAAACAGAUCUUUUAUUGGCUUCAGAACAAAUAAAAUAACCGUUUUUUUGAAAUUCGAAAUAAAUAAUUUAACCAAUACACAUUAAAAACAGUA